CAACGUGAGCAUGCGCACUGGGUCGGGACAGUAUCAGCUACGGUGUCACAUUUUGAGUAUUUGAACAACUCUUGCUGCAAAAUGUAGCGAUUUUUCUGGCUUGUUUGAGUUGAAGGGGAUAUUUAGCCGAUAUACUGUCUGUGUUUGGAAACAUUACGACUCGUUUCCAGGAUAGCAAGCAGCACAACCUGCACAUCGCGUAGCGUUAGCAUUUUCCGGCUGUUAGCCUAACGGCGCAACGCGACGCUGUAGCUUAAAUUUACGAACAUUUGCCCGUCUUUGUUUCCGAAAGACUCCUUCACGCAGGCGUGUUUUUAGCGGGCCGUCUGCGGGGAUAUGUCGGCUCUGGGGAGAAAUGUGACGGCGGCGGCGGUGUGAGGAAGACCCGAGGAUGGACAGAGACUUGUUGAGCCAGUGUCUGGUCCAUCACGGAGAGUCGCUGCUGAACAGGCUGAAAUGUGAGCAGGCGGAAAACCCAGACUUCCAGGCGCUGGUGGCUGACCUGAGCAAAGCCACGCACGACGCAAGCUGUGCAGACGAGAGCGACAGUCCGCUGGUGAAGCAGUUCAUCGCCAGGAAGGCCGACAUCCUCUUCUGCCCGGCGUGGAGGACCGCCAACCCGCCACCGCAGGAUGAUGAGGAGGAGGAAGAUGGAGAACCGUACGCCAUCAUGCCGCCGGCGGAGCUGUUCAUGGAGCUGCCGUAUGAGGAGAGGAGAUCUAUGAUCUACAGGGACCUGGAGAGAGGAGACGUCGUGGUGGGACGGAUCAACAACAUCAGGGAGUAUGGCUUCUUCCUCACGCUGCUGUGCAUGGCGGGAGGCCUGAAGAGAGACAUCGAGGAUCUGGAAUUGUCCGCUCUUUGUCACAUCAGGGAAAUUCCCUCCACCAGCAGCCAUGAUGAUCCUCUCUCCUACUAUCAGAUCGGGGACUUGAUUAAAGCUGCUGUGAAAGACAUUGAUCGGUUCCAGGAGAAGAUCACAGUGUCCCUCCAUCAGGCCUCUCUUUCUCCCAACUUGGAGCACAUCAAACUGGGCGUCAUAGCCAGAGAGGAUCUGCCCAUACACUACAGGCGCAGCGUCAGCGCCGCCGCCUCCAGCGACUCGUACGACCGAAUCCUGACGAGGUGCCACGGCUACGAAAACCCGUCCGUGGUGGAGUACCUGCUGCAGAAGGUGGGAAUCAGCGACACCAAUCCCCCGUCGAUGAUGCGAGGGUUGCAGUGUAAACUUUUCCAGGAGGAGGAUUUUGCUUCUGCGAUCAGAAAGAAGCAGUCUGCAACCUGGGCCUUGAAGUGCGUCCGCGCAGGUGUGGACCACUUCAAGCACGGCCGCCAUGUGGAGGCCAUGAACGAAUACAACAAGGCGCUGGAGAUCGAUGCUAAUAACGUGGAAGCGCUGGUGGCGCGAGGAGCUCUAUAUGCUAACAAAGGCGGCAUCGUGAAGGCCAUCUCCGACUUUGAACUGGCUCUGGAAAACUGUCCGGACCACCGUAACGCCAAGAAGUACCUCUGCCAGACUCUGGUGGAGCGAGGAAAACAGCUGGAAGAGCAGGAGAAACUGGUCACAGCAGAGGGAUUGUACAGGAGAGCUCUGUCUCUGGAUGAUUCAAAUCCUGAGGCCAAAGAAGCCCUGCACAACAUCAACGACACCAUACAGAAAUCGAUUCGCCUGCGAGAGGAAGCUCUGGCCAAGGAGCCCGCCAAAGCUACAAGCAGCCAGAUCAGCGCUGAGAAAUUACGCAAGAUCCUAAAGGAGGAGAAAAGGGCGAAAAAGAAGCGUAAGCGAUCAUCUUCCUCGUCCUCCUCCUCCUCCAGUACCCGUUCUUCCUCCUCGUCAUCCUCCUCCUCCUCCUCCUCGCGCAGGAGGUCUAGGAAGAAAAAGAAGAAGCGGAAGAAGUCCGGGCGAGAGAGCAAGCACCACCGCAGGAAGAGUGAGGAGGGUAAGAGCGGGAGAGGCAGGACGGAGAAAGAGGAGGACGGAUGUCCGCCGCCCGCCAACACCUCCGCCACCUUCCUUAACCAGAGGGGCGGGCCUGUGUUCGGCGGCGGCGGCGGCGGGGGGGAGGAGGAGGACGGCGUGGCCGGGUGGGGAGGGAGCGACGGGAAGAUCGGUCAGCCGUAUUCUCUGGCAGCAGCUUCAGGGGGCGAAGAGUCGGACUCCUCCCGCAGGGAGAGGAAGAGGAGGGACAGAGCAGACAGUGGGUCGAGUAACAGGAGAGCCAGCAGGAGCCCAGAGAGAGAGAAGGCAGGCGGGAGGACAGGGAGCAGGGACAGGAGCAGGGCAGGCGGGAGAGGCGGCGUGGAGGAGAACCCGGCGCGCAGGCUGUCCUGCUCUUCCGCCGAGGCCGAGUAUUCUCGCCGACCCAGCUUUGGGUUGGAAGGUCCAGGAAGGAACCGGGCGAGGAAGGACUCGUCCGCGAGGAGCUCCUGCGAUGGUAGGUACGAGAGCAAGGAGGAGACGGACGGGGAGAGGGGGAGCGGAGAGGGGGAGCGGAGAGGGGGAGGAGACCAGGUUCCCGGAGAGGACGGGAGGCCCAAGAAAAACCUGCCGUCUAACCUGUUGGACAUCUUUAACCAGAUCGCUCGCUUCGAGAAAGAAAAAGGGCGUGCGGCCGAAAAAAUGAGUCCGAGGAGCCGAACCGAAGGCAGGAUGUUUGUUUCCGAUGCGUCUUUUGUUCAUGGAGUCCGGCUCGCUUGUUGAAUCACUUCUUAUUAGUUGCUUUCAGUGUUUAAAAAAUAAAACCAAACGGGUAGUUUACUCUGAGAUGCCUGACCCGUUCUGAUCCGGCUCGCAGUAUUUUGUCGGCCGUGGUUUUUCAAAAUGUGACGAAGACGUGGUUCGACUUUUCCUCUCUGUAGACGUCGUCUUCUGUUGUCCCACAUCUCGGUGAUUUCUCCAUUCAUAGAAUAAACGAUGAACAUUUUGACCAACUGCUACAUUUUUAGGCUGUAAAUAAUGUUUUUUUUUUUUUUGUUUUUUUUUAAUGAAACAAGCUGCCUUUGUUCUGCUGUGUGCCAUGCUGCGACUUCUUUCAGAGGCCUCCUCCCAAAAAAACAGACGGUUCAUGCUACUGUUCUUCUUUUUGUUGCCUUAAAUGCAGAUGUUCCAGCUGUUAUCAACAACAAUCUCACCUGUCAUGAAAUGAACCAAAUUGAACCAAUAAAGCAUUUAACCCUUCGAA